AAUUCUUUCAAUGUUAUAAACUUAGAUAAAUUUAAACAAUGAAGAGGAAAAUGUUUCAAUCGUGAAUCAUUCAAAGAACAAAUGUAUAAAUAAAUUAGAGUCAUAUAGUUUGGAUCAUAAAAAAAAAGACGAGUUACUUUAACAGCUGUUGUUAAAAAUGAGUAACAUGAGUUAUGAAUACUAUUUGUCCUAUUUACUCAAGACAAAGCAGACUGACAAAUUUUGUCGUGCUCCUUACAUGGAAAUAGCCAAAGAUUAUAAUGGCUUUAUACUAAGCUCUAUUAAUAUAACAAAUGGAGUACUUAUAUUCAUAUCAAAUGUUGUUUUGCUUGUAGGGUUGUGCAAGUCACAAAGAAAGAAAGGUUACUCGCGCAAUGAAAAACUUGUUUUGUUAUUAAGUCUUGUUGAUUUUUUAGUUGCUUUAGUUCAUAUUCCACUGCAAGUGAUUUUAUCAAAGAAUUUAAAUCAAAUUGGUUGUCUAAUCAUUGCCAUAAUAGGAUUUUGGAUUGCCUUUCCAUUAGCUUUUUCCGGAUCGAUUGUCGUGCUAAUAUCAGUAGAACGGUUUAUAGCAAUUUUCAAUGAGAAAAAAUGUUGUGGACUUUAUUUUAAAUUUAAUUAUCUUUUUCUAAUAAUAGUUUUACAUUUUAUUAUUUCUUUUGGACUGGGCCUUUGGUAUACACUUCUUGUUUAUAAGCAAGGCACUUUUCUUCAAAAGUCAGUAUUUUUUUUCUGCAUUGCAACAUUUAUAGCAAGCAAUUUAAUUUCAGUGUUAUUUAUCAACACUUAUUUGUUAUUUGCAAUUAAAAAGAAGUUGAGAACUAAAGAAAUUCACGUUUUACAACACCAUGCUGUGGAAAAGCGAUUGACCCACACUAUGAUUCUAAUAUCAAUAUCACUGAUAGUUUUAUAUCUACCUUCCGUUACAGUCAGUUACUAUGUUGCAUCUAUACUAUAUUUAAAAAAAUAUGAUUCUGUUGCUUAUGGGUUAAAUGUUUUAUUUUCUACACUUACUUUGUGCGAGCUUAACUCGGCUUUUAACGCUGUUAUAUAUGUGGUCAGAAGUAAAAGAAUACGAAAGGUAUAUUUAACAUACGUUAGUAUGGUAACUGAAAAGUUUUCUAAAACAGUUCAAGAGAUACAGAAUUCUUCAACGGAUACUGAUUCUCGAUUUUAUCAAAGUAGUAACGAAACUGUUGUCUCUAAUCAAUUGUGAUAAUGGCGCUACAAGUUUAUUUAAACUUUUUUAUUUGUGAAAAAUAACUAACUUGAUUGAAAA